AAAAGCUAAAAUGUCGAUGGUGCAAAAAUUGGUCUAAGAGUAUCACAACUGGGAAAAGUGAAAGAAAAGCAGAAGCAAAAGAAGGCACAAGGAAACAUGAUGGGCAACUUCUGUCAGAAGUAUUGUGCCUGUUUGGAGCCUUACCUCCCCUGCUUAUUCUCAGGGAGUGUUGGUGAGCAAGAUGAUAAAUUUGACCACGUCUUCUCCAACCCUGCUGUGGUAAGGCCUGGCUUCCAAGAAGAACAGAAAGACAGCGACUGUAAGAGAAGACAGAAACCUUUACCUCCACUGCCUGGUCAGCAUCUGGUGAAUAUUUGCAGAUUUGUAGCACUCUUCGACUACGAGGCUCGCACUGAAGAGGACUUGAGCUUCCAAGCUGGAGAUAAGCUUGAAGUGCUGGAUGCAUCCCAUGAAGGCUGGUGGUAUGCUAGGCUCGUCCUGCCAGCAGGGUCAGUCUGUCCUGGCCGCAAGCUCCAGGGCUACAUCCCGGCCAACUACAUAGCUGCUGACCAGAGCAUCGAAGCUGAGCCAUGGUUUUUUGGCCCAAUCAAACGAGCAGAUGCUGAGAGACAACUGUCAUACCCUGGAAACCAGGCAGGAGCCUUCCUAAUUCGAGAAAGCGAAAGUCUAAAAGGCGAAUAUUCACUUUCAGUUUUUGAUGGUGUAUCUGUGAAGCACUACAGGAUCAGGAAGCUGGAUGAAGGAGGCUUUUUCAUAACCAGAAGGAAAACUUUCAAAACUCUGAAUGAGUUUGUUGACUAUUACAGUAAGAACAGUGAUGGCCUCUGCGUGGUGCUCAGAAAGCCAUGCUUAAAGGUACAAAUUCCUACUACUUUUGAUUUGUCAUACAAAACUGUUGAUCAGUGGGAGAUAGAUCGUCAAUCUCUGAAAUUGUUGAAAAAAUUAGGAUCUGGUCAGUUUGGUGAGGUAUGGGAAGGACUGUGGAAUAAUACCACCCCUGUGGCAAUCAAAACAUUAAAACCAGGUUCAAUGGAUCCAAAGGACUUUCUGAGGGAAGCACAAAUAAUGAAGAAUUUGAGACAUCCAAAGCUUAUACAGCUUUAUGCUGUCUGUACUUUGGAGGACCCAAUUUAUAUUAUUACUGAGCUGAUGAGAUACGGGAGUCUUCUAGAAUACCUUCAAAAAGAUGCAGGCUCCCAAAUCUUCUUGCCACAUCAAGUAGACAUGGCUGCUCAGGUGGCUUCUGGAAUGGCUUACCUGGAAUCCCAGAAUUAUAUCCAUCGGGAUCUGGCAGCCAGGAAUGUUCUUGUUGGUGAACACAGUGUUUACAAAGUGGCAGACUUUGGACUUGCAAGGGUUUUUAAGGUAGAAAAUGAAAAUGUAUAUGAAUCUAGAGCUGAAACAAAACUCCCACUGAAAUGGACAGCCCCGGAGGCAAUCCACUACAACAAAUUCAGUGUAAAGUCAGAUGUCUGGUCAUUUGGAAUACUUCUGUUUGAAAUAAUCACCUAUGGGAAGAUGCCAUAUGCUGGUAUGCCAGGACAACAGGUGAUCCAGAUGCUGGAUAAGGGUUACAGACUCCCUCAGCCCGAGACCUGCCCAGCGCCGUUCUACCAGCUGAUGCAGCAGUGCUGGAACGCAGAAGCAGGUGGUCGGCCCACCUUUGAGGCCCUCUGUGGGCAGCUGGAGUCCUACUUUGAGUCCUCUUCCUAUACCCAGGCCCAGGCCGUGGUGAAGUGAACUCCCAGUCUGGAGCUACCCAACAUGGCUGAAGAAGAGGCCAUGAAAUCGGCCUAACCUCAGUCAUGGAGGUUGUUGGGGUGUGCUGAGGAACUGUACGUUGUGAUCCCUGCACUGAUACUCAACAAUACUUAGAAUUUUUGCUGCUGGCAAAUAAUUUGCAGGACUAAGCAUCAGGAGGAUGGAGGGGUGGGGUCUUCUUAAAGAUAAAAUGCCUUCUAUUUAUUUUUUAAGAAUGAAAUGAGUGUUGCUCAAUAACCAUUGUAGUGUUUUGUAAUUUCUUUAUUUGAAUAAUUUUUUGCUCUUCCUUAGAUUUUUUUGUUCCUACCAGGUUGUUCUCAUGAAGGAAUGUGAUGGCUCUGCACAGCAGGAUCUGUGCUUCCAGAGUCCUCUAAUAGAAAAUAAAUAAAUAAACCAAUAAUCCCGUGACUGUGAUGAUGACAGAAUCCAGGUUAAUUGCCUUGCUUAGACUUGAAGUACCUGUGCUUUUGCUAUAUGGGAAAAUAAAACAGAUGUUCAUGGGAGAAAAGGAAUUAUUUUCUUCAGUGGAUGCAGAGUGAUCUUUUUUGGUUUGCCUACUGUUCCUUCUUUACAAGAAUAAAAAAAUAUUAUUAUUAGAUUA